AUGUCAGGGGCCGAGCAUCUCAAAGAUGAAGGCACCAAACGACAGGUUGUGCUGGCUGGCGGAAUCGCCGGGCUGAUCUCACGGUUCUGCAUUGCGCCGCUGGAUGUCGUCAAAAUCCGGCUGCAGCUGCAGAUUCACUCAUUGUCGGACCCAAUCUCACAUCAGGGGGUCAAUGGGCCAAUUUACAAGGGGACGCUGUCCACAAUGCGGGCAAUCAUGAAGCAAGAGGGAAUCACCGGUCUUUGGAAAGGCAACAUCCCAGCCGAGAUGAUGUACGUCUGCUACGGCGCCAUUCAAUUCACCACGUAUCGAGCAACAACACAGGCUAUUGCGCAACUCGGCCCCUAUCGACCCCCAUCGUCCGCCGAAUCCUUCAUAUCUGGAGCUGUUGCAGGUGGAUGUGCCACAGGCGCCACAUACCCACUAGACCUCCUUCGUACACGAUUUGCUGCACAAGGCUCGGAUCGUGUCUACGGCUCAUUGCGGGCUUCCGUUAUGGAUAUUGCGCGACAGGAGGGCCUACCAGGGUUCUUCCGGGGUUGUUCUGCUGCGAUUGCGCAAAUCGUGCCAUACAUGGGCCUUUUCUUCACAACAUAUGAGGCAUUCAGGCCAGCGUUGACGACGUGGGAUUCCCUACCUUUCGGUACAGGGGAUGCGGCUGCUGGUGUGCUUGCCAGUGUAUUGGCCAAGACCGGUGUGUUUCCGCUUGAUUUGGUCCGCAAGCGCUUGCAAGUACAGGGACCGACAAGGACACGAUAUGUCCAUCGCAACAUUCCCGAGUACAGGGGGGUUAUUCAGAGUAUUGCUCUUAUUCUGCGCACGCAAGGCGUUCGGGGGUUAUACCGUGGGCUCACAGUGAGUUUACUCAAAGCGGCGCCAGCGAGUGCAGUAACAAUGUGGACUUAUGAACGCACAUUGAGGGCACUGGAAGAGCUGGAGGUUGCAGCCGCCACCUGA